AUGAACCACAAUCAGAACCACGAUCCUGCGACCUCGACGCCCACACCUGAGUCGCGCAUGAAUCCUCCACCUCUACCGAGAUCCUUUGUAACUCCGGCACGAGAUGUGCGCGAAAGCUCAGCAAUAUCGAACUCUGGUGGCAGCUCGCGCAAACCGCGGCAGAAUCUCGACGAGCGGGAUCAUAUCCUGAUGGUAAAGCAUUGCUAUGAGCAGCGCGAACACUAUAAGGAAGGCACCAAGGCUCAGUUCUGGACUGGCGUGAACCAAGCAUUUCAAACGGAGACGGGGAAAAUCCUCGCGCAGAUGAGCGCGACGGUUGGCAGGUUAGUUGAAACGAGAAGGCGGCAAAUAGCGGAUUGGGAGAAUGGAGUAAUACCGCAGAAACCUACUGGGGAGCUAUAUGACAGGGUAGAUCAAUGGAUGGAGUUUCUAAGAGUUGAAGAUGGAGAUGCUGAAGCAGAGCGGAUGCGACAGGUUGAUGCGCGAAGGAAGAUAGAAGAGGCUAGGAAGGAGGCCAGAAGAAAAGCAAUCGCAGCGGAACAGCUGGCACAUGCUCAAACUCCUGGCGUGAGAGUGAUUUCCAGGCCACCGCCUCCCGCAGAUAUGGGACAACAGCACGAGCAAGAGCAACCACAGCAACAGCAACAACAGCAACAACAACAACAACAACAACCUCCGCCGCCGCCACCACCGCCAGUAACCGGAGGAGAAGUGAUGCGGCACGAGCCUGGAGAACAGGGCGAAAUGAAUGGUUAUAGACCAAGUAAAAGGAGACGCAUGAAUGAGCGGGCUCUCACCCAAGAGUUACAUGCGCAGAUCCAGCAGGAGCAAUGGCAAGCGCAGCAGCAGCAAGCGCAACCUACACCACAAUAUGUGCUCCCCCCUCCACCAGAGCCGCCCAAGAGAGUUGUGGUAGAAGGUAGCCUGACGAAAGAGGAUUGGAGAGAUAUUAUGGGCAAUGAUGCGCGAUUACGAACACUCGAGAACAAAGUCGACAAGAUCGAAUUGCUUGUAUCGCAAAACAACAAGCUUCUGUUACAACUGGUUCAGCAGCACAGUAACAAAGAUCGAGAACGCAAUGUGGAGGAGGAACGGGUGCCAGUUCAUCUAGAUGCCGAGUUUGAGCGAGAUUACUUGUGA